AUGUCAACUGAAUCCGGUCAUUAUGUGGACGUUGGAAAUCUUUUAAUAAUUAAUAAAGAUCCUAUUGAGUUUAAAACUGAUGAUAAUGAUCAAUUAAAUAUUUUGAUACAAAAAUCAACUCAAUAUUUAUUUGACAAAAUUUGGGAUUUGCCAAGAAAAGUUGUUCAGGAUGCUACGUGUGCUGUGAUUCCGAAACCAAAAGAACCAACAAAAUGGGAAAAGUUUGCAAAAGAGAAGGGAAUUGUUAGUAAAAAGAAGCGAAGCAAAAAAAUUUGGGAUGAAACUACAAAAGAAUGGAAGCCUAGAUAUGGCUAUAAAAGGGCUUUAAAAGAAGGAAAUGAAACGAAGGAUUGGCUGAUUGAAAUACCUGAUAAAGCUGAUCCAUAUAAAGAUUAUUUUGCUGAACGUUCAAAUAAUAAAAAAGAACAGGCGAAUAAACAAGAAUUUCAAAGACUCAAAAAUAUUUCCAGAAAUGAAAAGAAUUCUCAACUUUCUUCAAAACCUCUAUUUAAUUCUAAAAAAAUGAAAAUUAAUGGAAAUUUGGAACCUUUGGGUUCUCGACAGCCUAUUGGGUUGGGAUCUGUUGAAGAAAAGUCUAAAGAACAGCUCAUUCAUCAAUUAAAUCGAGCAAAGAAGUCUACUUCUUCGGCAGGAAAAUUUCAAAAGAAUUUAAAAGGAGAAAAACCUCCAAAAAUGGGAAUUAAAAGAAAGUUUGAACCAAACGACGAUUUGUCUAAUGAACGUAAUCGUCAAUUAGAAAUUUUAAAUAAAUUAAAACAAAAACCAAAAGAAAAAGAAAAUAUUUUGGGAGGAAUAAAUAAACAAAUAAAUAAAAAAUCUGAAGAAUUUAAUAAAGAAGAAAAUAAAGGAAAGAAAGGAAAAUUUGGAAAUAAACGUUCAAAAUCUUCAAUUGACCGACAACAACAUUUUGAAAAGAAGAGGAAAAAUUUUAAAGGAAAUUUUAAAAGUAAAUAUUCAAAAGCUGGUAGAGCAGCACAGAGAAAGGGUGGGCAAAGGAAAAAUUAAAUGUUUAGAAAAAAUAUUUUGUUUGUUAAAAAUUGUUUUUUAAGAAAAUUGGAAAUUAAAAUAUUAUUUAUUUUUGAUUAUUUUUUGUCUACGGUUAGAGAUGUUUCAGAACUUAUCGGAGGACCGAGGAUUUUUCGGUACCGGAUCAAAAAUCUCAUUUUUGAC